AUGGCCAGCGAUCCAAAGGAGACAAUAGAUCUCACAGGUGACGACUCCGACGUCACGCUUUCAGCUACCUCGGAAGAUGAUGACCUUCACCGGGCCAUUGCAAUGUCUCUACAGCCGACGCCCACAUAUCUGCCACGAGAUUCUAUUGUAUCUACAACAAAAGGAGAUGACAGCGCUACACUCGAAGCUCGUGCAGAGUCCUCUGGGGCAGGUGGAGGGAUACUGGGCAUGGACCGGAAGCGACAAGAGGAGGAACGCCUUGCGCGGCUCAAGAGGAAGAGGGAGCGCAGCGUAUCACCACCGGCAACCAAGCGAGGCCUCAGACACGGCAGCGAUCUGGAGACGGCCAGUGCGCACCAUGGGGGUUUGUUGAAAGCAACACCAACAGAACUGGAUAGGGAAGAGGCUUCUGCCAUACCGCCUUCUUCAAAUACGUCAAAGCUAGAAUAUCCCGAAGGAACGGUCAGGAAGACAUGGGCAUUUGGGUUCGAGAGACACAACGACAUCAAGCUCGCAGAAGUGCUGCAAAGUCCUCAGCUCGAGGCAGCAGUCCUUAGCUCAUUUCAAUGGGACUGGGACUGGCUAGUGACAAAAUUGGAUACCGGGAAGACAAAGUUGGUAUUUAUCGUCCAGGCCAAGGAUGAAGAAGCAAAGAAGGGUUAUAUUUCAACCUUCAGCAGAAUGUGGAAUGUCCGCCUCUGCUUUCCAUCCAUGGAGGGACAGAUCAACUGCAUGCAUUCCAAGCUCAUGUUGCUCUUCUAUCCCACCCACCUGCGAAUUGUUGUUCCUACCGCAAACCUGACACCCUACGAUUGGGGCGAGCCCUUCCGCGACCUGCCAGGAGGCAUAAUGGAAAACACUGUUUUCUUGAUCGACCUGCCAAAAUCCGACAGUAAGUCAGGUGAGAGGCAGGAUGCUGAAGUGACAUUCUUGAAAAGCUUGGUGUUAUUUUUGAAAGCGAUGAAACUGCAGGAAGAUAUCGUGAACAAGCUGAAGAUGUAUGAUUUCUCGAAGCUGGGCAACCACGGCUUCAUACACUCAAUAGGUGGGACUCAUUACGGCGACGCUUGGAGAGAAACAGGAGCCUGUGGAAUAGGUCAAUAUCUCAACAACUUGGGCCUUCGCACUUUCGAUUCCGUCGAGAUAGACUUCGUCACCUCCUCAGUGGGGAGUCUCGAUGAUCAGUUUCUGCGGUCGCUAUAUCUUGUCGCUCAGGGUGACAGUGGCCUCGCAGAGUAUACUCAUCGGAAUGCAAAGUCGGUACCCUCGAGUGUCUCGCAAGACCUUCAACGCCGGUUGGGACGGGACUUUCCGUCCAGAUGGAAGCAGAAUUUUCGCUUCUACUACCCUUCCGAUGACACCGUCAGAGACUCCAAAGGCGGACCUCGAAACGGCGGUACGAUAUGCUUCCAGCCUCGCUGGUGGAAUGGCCCAAAAUUUCCUCGUGAUCUCAUGAGAGAUUGUCAAAGUCAACGAGAGGGUCUGCUGAUGCACAACAAGAUCUGGUUCACACGAUACGUAAAACCAGUGACCAUGAAUAAUGGUCUCCGAACCAUCGGCUGGGCUUAUGUUGGGAGUGCAAACCUCUCAGAAAGUGCAUGGGGAAGACUCGUUCAAGACAGGACGACCAAGACACCAAAGCUGAGCUGCCGCAACUGGGAAUGUGGCGUGAUCCUUCCAAUUCUUGAAAGCAAGGCCGAUCAAGCGAAAUCGCUGACGGAUAGGCAAGAUUCAAAUGGCCUCAACAUAUUCAAGAAUGUUGUACCGAUCCCAAUGAAAAUCCCAGGCGAGACAUAUCAGGGAACCAAAAAGCCUUGGUUCUCUUCAGAACAAUGA